CCGGCAUGAGUUUGUUUACACUGGGUACAAAGUGUGUGUUGACAAAAGUGACUUCGCAACAUUUUAGUUACUUCAAGUUCUACCACACGUGAGCUGUAUCUGGACAAAGCCAAGGGUGACGAUAGGAAGACCAGCAAGACUGGGAGUACUAGCAGCUGUCGUUUCGUUUGUUUUUUCGAAAUUUCUCUCAAACAUCUUCUGUCACUUCCAAGUAGUGGCAAAAUCUCGGUCGGAGCAUGACUGAAGUCGAUAAUGAUGAGUUUUGGAGACAGAUGUGGGUGGACGACGAAAUCGGGUUCCACAAGUCGGAAGUUCAUCCAAUCCUCGUGAAAUAUAUUGCCGAGUUGACUGCCGGACAAGGGAAAUGCCGGAUCUUCGUUCCGCUGUGUGGAAAGUCAAAAGACAUGAAAUGGCUGGCUGAUCAAGGCCACACUGUCGUAGGAGCGGAGCUGUCGGCUCUUGCGAUUCAAGAUUUCUUCAAGGAGAACAAAGUGGAAUUUACCUCCAGCCCAAUGGAAGGAGUCAGUGAUGCCGAUCUGUACAAGAGUAAAGACGACAGUAUUCAUCUCUACAAAGCAAACAUCUUUGACUUGAAGAGAGAUACCAUCGGAGAAUUUGACUGCAUUUGGGACCGUGCGUCGUUGGUUGCAUUGCUCCGUGAGGAUCUUCAAAAAUAUGCCGAUCAGAUGAGAUCACUUCUGAAACCAAAGGGCAGAUGUCUUCUGGAACAUUUUGACUAUGAUCAAAGUAAAAUGAAUGGUCCCCCAUUUUCAACCCCAGCAAGUGUAGUGGAAAAACUUUAUGCUGAAGGCUGGGAAAUCAAAGCACUACAGGUUACAGACGAUGGCGGACUGAAAGAAGCAUUUCGCAGCAAAGGGCACGAGUACUUCAAGGUACAAAUAACCUUGCUGACCAAGGAAUAACUAUUGUCAGAUGAUGACAAAGCUGUAGAUGAUGACAAGCAGAUGAUGACAAGUGUGUAGUUAUAAGACUAGCAGCUGCAGCUGAUUAGCAAGGAAAGAGAGUGAGUGACUGAUAUCAGGCCUUCAGAUCAGAUAUUAACCCUUACCCUACUAGACCCUCCAACGCAUGCCAAUAUGUGCCUCAAGAAAAUCUCCUAUGUUUUUUGCAUGGC